UUGUGUGGAUAAAGAGUUUUAGUCCAUCUGCAUCAGUACAGCCAAGAUGUCAAACUCCUCAGUUUGUUGUGCUUUUGAGUCCCCUCUUUUAGACACAGUCCUACCCCCUAUACUUAUCAUGGAGUUCAUUUUUGGCAUUACAGGGAACAUUAUGGCCCUCGUCAUGUUUGCUUUUGAAAUGGAGAGCUGGAAGCCAAAUUCCAUCUACCUGGCACACCUGGCUGUGGCCGACUCAGUGCUGCUCUGCUUAAUGCCAUUCAGAGCUGAUUACUAUAUCAGGGGCAAGGACUGGAUCUUCGGAGACAUCUUCUGCCGCAUGCUGCUCUUCCUUGUGGCAGCCAACAGGGCUGCCAGCAUUUUCUUCCUCACUGCUGUGGCUGUCGACCGCUACCUUAAGAUUGUGCACCCACUACAUCGCAUAAAUCGGAUGAACCUGAAGUAUGCCAUGUGGGUCUCUGCAGGCCUUUGGGCAAUGGUGUUACUUAUGACAGGUCAGUUGCUGGGCUCACCACGCUUUUUCAAGCUCGGCAAUCACACUCAAUGUGAGAGCUUCAACAUAUGCUUGGACAACAAUCCAAGUGCAAACUGGACCAGUGCUUUCUAUGUGAUCCAGUUCUGCGUGCCAGGCAGCAUCAUCAUCUUCUGCACAGCCUGCAUUACAUGGCAGCUGAAAACAAAAACGAUGGACACCACAGGCAAGGUCAAGAGGGCCGUCCACUUCAUUUUCAUCGUUGCCGUGGUCUAUUUCCUCUGCUUCUUGCCAAGCACUGCCUCACGGGUCUCUAUUUUGAUCCUGAAGAGCUGGUACAACCAAUGUUCAGACUUCAGCGAAGCAAAUCUGGUUUUUUAUUUUUCACUUUGCUUUACCUAUUUCAAUAGUGUGCUCAACCCUCUGGUUUACUACUUUUCCACUCCUGCAUUCAGUGGGACCAUACAGAAAUUUUUCAGGAAACUCACAGGACAAAAAGAAGAGAUGGUGUCAGGGAAUAGGAGUGUGGCUACAUUAACAAGCAAUUAAAGUAAAUUUAAGUAAAAUAUGUGAAAAAUGAUGUUACCUCAGAGAUGCACUUUGUUAUACUGAUAAUUCAAACUGUCUUGAUAGUUCAGUUGGCGUAAAGAAUAUUUCUUAAAAUAUUGUGUUAGAAACAUAAGGACCAAACAAGUGGUAGACACAAUAACUCUAUAAAACUCUACAUUAAUACUAUAAAGCAAUAUUAGUCUAUUCCAGCAUUCUGAUAUUUGAACUCAUAUUGAUUUGUUAACUGUAUCAUCGCAUGCCAGGCAUAGCAUCAGUGACACAGUUUGUACAUUUGUCAUGUAUGCGAUUCAAUAAAUAUUAUUAUAGAACCAUACUUUUUGAAAUAGUGACUUAGCACUGCUUGUGAAAGCUCAUUUGUUUUAUAGGUAGCUUAUUAAUUCUUUAUGGGCAUGUAAGCAAAUAAGAAAAUGAAAAAAAAAUAUCCAUACAGGAUUUAAAAACAAAACAACAACUACUAAUUCAGUUGAUCUUUUGGUUGAGUGUGCAAAAGGCCACCAGAUUUAGUCCUCCAUCUGUUUAUCUAUUUUUGGCAUACCCUCCCUUACUUUUUAAAAACUAAACAUUAAAAUUAAAGAGGAAAAUAUAGAAGUAGGUCUGAUCUGUUCCAUAUAUUGUUAACCAAUGGAGUAUAAUUUAAUUCAUUUACAGUUUUGAUAUUGAAAUUUUAUUAACUACAAGAUGCCGUGUCUUUGACUGGAAUAUGGAGCUAAAAUCACAUUUGACUUCUAGAUUUUCUAUUGUCACACAUUAAUGAACUUAAUGAAAGCUGAGGGUAAAAAUCAGUCUCUCUGUUGUGUGUCUGACUGGAAGUGUUUAUUCAGGUGUGCAGGGCAUUUCCUCACCUGUUUCACUUCUAGCAGCAAACUCGUACACCUUGUAGUAUGAGUGUUCAAUUAAUGGGCUAAAUUUUGUUACUCAUACAGAGGCUCAUGGUUAUGUGAAUUAGCAUUCGCUCUAGGAAUGCAUAGCAAUGCUACAAUAUACUUAAUGCAGCCAAUCCUCAAAAAUUCCUUUAUUCAAAGACUUCAGCAACAUUGUAGUUUUAUAAUACAUUGGUCAUAUUAUGCACACUUUACAAACCAAUUAACUAUUAUUCUAUAAGUUGGACAAAUUUCGUUUUCAUUUGAACUUGACGAUUUGAUAUGAAUUAUCUAUUUUGUCAGUCUGAUAAAAUGUCCCAUUAAACCUUCAAUGACCUCAAUAAAUUCAUGAAAAGUUAUAAAAAAUAAAGAACAU